CCUCCCUCUCUCUCCUGGCUCCACCCGCAGCCCAGUCUCGGACUCGCCGCCGCUUCCCCCUCGUCCGAGAUUCUCUGCUGCGAGCCCGAGCCGGAAUCAGGAGCGGCAGUCGGAUCGAGGUGCGGCUUCGCGAGUAAUGAAUCAUGGAAGUUAGUGUGCCAAAUCUGCCUUGUGGGACCUAUCUGGAAACAUGGGAACAAGGAUGUGAGGUGAUGAAUUUAGGAGGUGAUGAAAGCCUCUUUCAGGAAAAUAAUGGUUUGAAAGACAAUCGGGAUGCCUGGAAGCACAACGCUGAGGUACAGACAAGUCCACCUCAAACGGAAAAUCAGAUUCAAAUGGAAAGCCCAUGCAGUGAGAAAAAAGUGAACUCUCAGUCAUUACCCGUCUUUAAGUUUUCUUUCAGCCCGGAGCAGGAGGUUUCCCAAAGCCCUUGCUUUCAAUUUGACAGGUUAGCUCCUGCCAGGGUCUCCUUGUCUCCAUCCCUUCGGAAAAUGAGAAGAAAGAUGUUGAAACCUCAGACAUUGCAGGAAUUCUGGAAGGCAGAAAGUCCACUCAGUGAUGACCCCACACUGUCUGAUGACUCACAGAGUCCAAGUCCUGCUGGUCAGUCCACAAGUGCGCAAAUGCCACCAGGCAAGGAGAUGCUCAAACAGCCACAACAACUCGAGGACUGUGUGCAAAGUGUCGAAGGCCCUUUAUCUGCAAGCCAUCGUAAGACUGACUGGGUGCUGAGGGCCCAUCAGACUGAAACAAGCAUUCCUCUGUGGGCACGACGAAGAGCUGACUGCCAGCAGGUUAUGCUGGACGAUCUUAAGCAGACCACCCAGGAUUCAGAGCCUGAAAGGUGCUUGUCCAGUCGCAGAGGCAGUUCAGUGGUUAUCUGUUUGCCUGAACUUGAUAUAUUUCCAGGGGAUUUAUUAAUUUCCAAUGAUGCUGAGCAUCUUUAUCGUACACCAUGGACACCCACUCUCAAUGCAGAAUCAAAGAAAUUAAAAUGGCCCUUUACAAAACGAGGAAUGAGCAAAGUGAAGCAAAAGUCAAUAUCUGAUCUAGAAAACCUUCUGGCGACUUUGGAGAUCGCAGAUAGUGUGGAUCAAGGCUCACAACCGUACAAGGACGAGUGCUGGCCACAAACGGUGAGGAGUCAGAACUGUCACCCGGAGAUGCAGCAGAAGGAGAAGAAGCUACAGGAGGCCAUGUGGGAGAUCUUCACCACGGAAUGCACCUACCUCAGGGGUCAGUUGCUGGUGAUGGAGGAGGUUUUCCUGAAUACUUUGAAGAUUCUGCAGAGCAGAGGAUGGCUUCUGGACGUUGACCCUUGGAGACUGUUUGCAAACCUCAAUGAAUUGUCCAAGGUGAGUUUGGACUUCUUGAGCAGUCUUCUAGAUGCAAUACGGAGCUGCUGGGAUCUAUCAUCUCUCAUUGCAGUGCUGUCAAAGUUCCAGGACAGUCUGUGCUGCAGUCACCAGAAGUACUGCCUGAACUAUUCUUCGGCCAACCUCUACCUCAAUAGUCUGAAGACCAGGGAGGACUUUGGAAUCUUUCUUAAUUGGUGUGAACAGAACGAACAGUGCAAGCGACUGCACCUCUCCGACCUGCUGGUCUCACCGCUACAGAGGCUGACAAGGUACCCCCUGCUCCUGAGGAGUCUUUGGAACAGAAGCACUGAUGCAAAUGCAAAGAAAGAGAUCGAAGCCAUCAUCAGGCGGGUGGACAAUUCUAUCUGUGAUCUUGAAGGAAAAGUGAAAUGGCUGGAAGGGAUUCAGAAGUUCCAGCAGCUCCAGGAGAUUAUUGUUUGGCCUGCAGUCUGGGAAAGGAACAAGAAAGCCUUUGUGCCUGAGAGUCUUCGAUAUCUGGUCAAAGACAACAGUUUAGAUGGUCUUCUCUCGCCUGCAAACAGACAGAUUUUAUACGAAGGAAGAUUAGCCCUUGUAGGAGCUACAAAAUUCCUGGAUGUGCAUUUGUUUCUUUUUGAUGACUUACUCUUAAUCACAAAGAUUAAAAAUGCAAAAAAGAAAGCUGCAGCCCUAGACACCGGGUUCAGAAACUCCUCAUCCAGUCCUGAGCUACAAGCCAUGGUCAGGGACGGAGCUGUGUGUUGUGUACUUGACCAACCCAUUCCACUGGACAGACUGAUGCUGAAGAACAUCGAUCCAUUCUAUUCAGCUGGGUCUGGACUGCGUGACGCUUUUCUCGUCAUACAUCAAAACAGGUAUCAGCAGUGCAUAGGAAUCUUCACCCUUCAAGCACACUCUGAGUCUGUUAAGAAAACAUGGAUAUCACACAUUGAGACAGCAUCAUCUGCAUACAAGGAUGCUAUCAACCCUCCUCGACUUCCACCACGAUCAACUGUGAAUGAAUCAGCAGAGAUUUAACUCCAGCCACAAACUCCACCUGCGUACCCCGUUCUGUUCAGUGUAUUUUGAAAAAAACUACCUCCUGUAUUCAGUUUUGAAAGUACUUCAGGUUUUUAAUAAAAUUAUAAAGGCUU